CAUCCAAGGGAGGAGGGCCGACUUGCAGAGGCUGCCCCUUUCUUUCUCUCUCCUCUCUUUCUCUCUGGAUUUUCCAUAAAGUGCCUUUCUGCUUAAAGCCUGAGAUCUGAAGGCUAGAAGCAGAACUGCCCUGCUCUCCUCUUCCCUACCAGGGAUUGGAAGGGUUUCCUCAGAAGUGGAUGCUCUAGAAGAUUAAAGGUAAAGACAAGCAGUGGCUCUUUCAGCCUGUAAUCCUGCCCCAAAGGGUACAGCAUGAUGAAGGGACGUCUAGCACCAAGUGCCCUUUGGCUUAUCUGCCUGCUCUCCUGGGCUUAUUGCAGUGAGCCAGAACAGAGGACUGGAACACCGACACAAGCACCACAUCAGCAUCACACUACCAGGGCUGAGAAAGACUAUGAGAAAUACAACAAGCGGCUUCGAGGCUUUGAGUGUGUACGCUGUUGUGAUCCUCCGGAGCACUUAUCACCACAUCCUGUGUACUACCAGCCUUUGCCUCAGAUCAACAUUACCAUCUUGAAAGGUGAGAAAGGGGACCAUGGAGAACGGGGCUUCCAAGGAAAGUUGGGCAAAGCUGGUUCUCCAGGGAUGAAGGGCCAGAUAGGCCUCAAAGGUCAAAAAGGCAGCUUGGGGGCUCCAGGAGAGCGGUACAAGACCACCUAUGCUGCCUUUUCGGUGGGCCGUAAGAAAUCCCUGCACAGCAAUGACUACUACCAGACACUGAUCUUUGACACCGAGUUUGUGAACCUCUAUGGACACUUCAACAUGUUCAUGGGCAAAUUCUACUGCUAUGUGCCUGGUGUGUACUUCUUCAGCCUCAAUGUGCACACUUGGAACCAGAAGGAAACCUACCUGCACAUAAUGCACAACGGGGCUGAAGUUGCCAUCUUGUAUGCUCAGGCGAGUGAUAGAAGCAUAAUGCAGAGCCAGAGUCUCAUGUUAGAUCUGCAGGACCAGGAUGAAGUCUGGAUACGACUCUUCAAAGGAGAACGUGAUAACGCUAUUUUCAGUGAUGAAUUUGAUACGUAUGUUACUUUCAGUGGAUACCUAAUUAAGCCCAGCUCAGAGCCCUGAAUCUGCAGGCAGAUGGACAACGUUCUUAUAAGAACUUCACCUUGUUCCAUCCUUCUGGUUUCUUCUUUAUUGAUUUCUGAUCCUAUAUUUCAUCCUUUGGGACUCACCACAAUACUAAAAUACUCCUUGGUUCAUCACUCCCAUAAAACUGACCUGACUUCUCCUGAACAGAUCUUUCUUUAUCAACCACUGGCCCUUUGGUCUUUUCUCCUCUGUCCACAGCUUUAAGCCUUGCCAUA